AUGCGGGAAGUCAACUUCAGCAUCCCGAACGUGAACAAGGCCUCGGUCAACAUCACAACAACACUUUACGAUCGACGUGCCCUUGAUUGCACAUCAACUCUACCUCUCAUAAACUCGCUGAACCAUCUUGCAUACCUCACAACAUCAUCUGCACGGAUUCGUGACAUCCUCACCGUCGAUGGCGGCAUCGAAAGACUCGUUUGCAUCCUGAAGGAGGGCAAGAGCAAGGACUUGAUGGAAAUGUGGAAAUGGAGUCUUGCAUUUCAAUGUGUUGUAAAUAUCGGAGUCCGGGGCUCAGAAAAAGUACGGACCAGGGUGGUUGAAGCCGAUAUGGUCCCUGUGAUUGCCACAAUUCUGGACAACUACAUUAAGGUGGUGGACAAAGUGCGAUCGCGGGCCGAUCCUGAAUCUCACAAGCACUCAAGUCGAUCGGCUAUUCCCAGCAAACCCAGCUCCUCCGCAACACGUGAAGCCACAGUCCGAUCUACUGUUGACUCCAACCCUCCCGUUGAAUCUCGUCCCUCCCGCCGCCAAGCUCCCCCUCCAAGUAUCGAAAUUCCGCAACCAUAUUUCCAGGAUAAUCAACCGACCGAUUCGGAUGUGAUGGAUGUCACUUCCCCUCCCCGUGUCCCGAUGACCACUCCCCCCGAACGCAGCACCUUCCGACCGGAUAUUCACAACCAUAGGGCUCAUGAUGCUCGUUACACCCGUGCUAGUCAUCGGCUACGCACCAUGCAACCCCUUGCCACCGCAGUCUCCCCGAUGGAUACCACGGAAACAUUUGGCUUGCGGCCUGUGCGUGAUACCGAACGCCUUCCAAGUAUGCUUCCAGGACUACAGACGGGACUUAUCUCUCAACCGGACUCCCCAACCACCCCCAGCGGACCGCUUCUCUCUCAAGCUCGAAACAUUCCCCCACCUCCUCCACCUCCUCCCAUGAGACAGCGACCCCCUAUGCGCCAACAUCAAUCUGCUUCGGGCGAGUCGGAUGAUGCCAACGGCGAGGACUCGGCUAUGGGUGAUGACAAUGUUUUGGGGCAGGAAGCGGGCCCUAUUGUUGGGUUGCCCACCAGAAUGGAUAUCGAUGGCGUUGAUGAGCAGUCGGGCACUACUAUGAUCGAUGACGUUUCUGCCACCCAUGGUGGAUUGACGUUGAAUGAUCCAUCGGAAGAAGGUCCAGAAUCUGAGACCUUUAACAUCGCUCAUCGUUCUGCAGUCGAUGGCAGCAUAAUCAACAACAACCCAAACACACAAAACAAUGGUGGACUUGGACUUUCUCCCACCCAAGCCCCAAAUAAUCCUAAUUCUCCUACCCUCACCCCCAGUCCCUACGCUUUGUACCUGCGUGACCGAAACACCCCUGCAGCGCAGGGUGUCCCAUCGACUAUGCCCAGAGACGAGGACGUCUUGAUGUCCCUGCAGCUCCUGGCAUACGUCUCAAAGUAUUGCGAUCUUCGGUCAUAUUUUCAGCGCUCUCACCUCGUGCCGAAACUCAAGAUCGAUCGUGAAUUGCAUCUUUUGGACGAUAAUGCCGACCCGUCUACUCCUAUCGAGCCCGAAGAGGACGAAGACGAGUACCUCCUGCCUGAUGAUGUGAACAUCUUCCCUCUAGUGGAGAAGUUCACUGUUCGUCAUCAUUCCAAGGAUAUGCAAUAUUGGGCUUGUGUUGUCAUGAGAAAUCUCUGCCGCAAGGAUGAACAUCGCGGUGGAAUUCGACAAUGCGCAUACUACAAGUGUGGCAAGUGGGAGGAGUUCCAGCGGCAAUUCGCCAAAUGCCGCCGCUGCCGGCGUACCAAGUACUGCAGCAAAGACUGCCAAAAGGCAGCAUGGGUCUACCACCGUCACUGGUGCCAUACCACCCCUUGA